GUGGCCAAAGGGAAGACCUAGCUAGGAAUUCGCUCAGGCCUGCGUCUGCCCCCCGGGGUGGCCUAAAGCACGCCUCGCUGUCCAUCCUACCUGUCCCCACGGAGGGAGACUGAGCAGGCUCUGGGCGGACUGGCCGCCUCCCCCCGGACGGAGCUGGGAUGCUUGCCUGUGGCCUGUCCCUUGGCCUCCUGCCCCCGCCCGAUGCCUCCUUCCUGGUUGAUUGACUUAUGUGCAGUUUGGGACGCUGGAGUUUUCCUUGCCUCUGCAGCCGGGAAGGGAGCCCCCUCUGGCGUUCCAGGAAGGAGGCUGAAUGAGGCAGAGACCCUGAACUCCGUCCGGGAGGCUCAGUUCCAGCGACUGGAGGCAGAGAGACCUCGCAGGCCAGGGUGCGGGGCGCGAGGCCCGGUGCUCAGGAUGGCCGGGCAGCCGCCGCCCUGGGCCUACACAGCCAUCCUCCUCUGCGCACUCAGCCUCGGCAGGGCCAUCGAGAUUCCCAUGGACCCAAGCAUUCAGAAUGAGCUGUCCCAGCCCCCGACCAUCACCAAGCAGUCAGUGAAGGACCACAUCGUGGACCCCCGUGACAACAUCUUGAUUGAGUGUGAAGCCAAGGGGAACCCUGCCCCCAGCUUCCACUGGACGCGGAACAGCAAGUUCUUUAACAUCGCCAAGGACCCCCGGGUGUCGAUGAGGCGGCGGUCCGGGACGCUGGUGAUCGACUUCCGCAGCGGCGGGCGGCCGGAGGAGUACGAGGGGGAGUACCAGUGCUUUGCCCGCAACAAGUUUGGCACUGCCCUGUCCAAUCGGAUUCGCCUGCAGGUGUCCAAAUCCCCACUGUGGCCCAAGGAAAACCUAGACCCUGUCGUGGUUCAAGAAGGUGCCCCCUUGACGCUCCAGUGCAACCCCCCACCUGGGCUUCCGUCCCCGGUCAUCUUCUGGAUGAGCAGCUCCAUGGAGCCCAUCACCCAAGACAAGCGUGUCUCCCAGGGCCAUAAUGGGGACCUGUAUUUCUCCAAUGUGAUUCUGCAGGACAUGCAGACAGACUACAGCUGCAAUGCCCGCUUCCACUUCACGCACACCAUCCAGCAGAAGAACCCGUUCACCCUCAAAGUCCUGACCAACCACCCCUAUAAUGACUCGUCCUUAAGAAACCACCCUGACAUGUACAGUGCCCGAGGAGUUGCAGAGAGAACACCCAGCUUCAUGUAUCCCCAGGGCACCGCGAGCAGUCAGAUGGUGCUGCGUGGCAUGGACCUCCUGCUGGAGUGCAUCGCCUCCGGGGUCCCCACACCAGACAUUGCAUGGUACAAGAAAGGCGGGGAUCUGCCAUCCGACAAGGCCAAGUUUGAGAACUUCAACAAGGCCCUGCGCAUCACCAACGUGUCCGAGGAAGACUCCGGGGAGUAUUUCUGCCUGGCCUCCAACAAGAUGGGCAGUAUCCGGCACACGAUCUCGGUGAGAGUGAAGGCUGCUCCAUACUGGCUGGAUGAACCCAAGAACCUCAUCCUGGCUCCUGGCGAGGACGGGAGACUGGUGUGUCGAGCCAAUGGAAACCCCAAGCCCACGGUCCAGUGGAUGGUGAACGGGGAACCUCUGCAAUCGGCGCCGCCCAACCCCAACCGUGAGGUGGCCGGGGACACCAUCAUCUUCCGUGACACGCAGAUCAGCAGCCGGGCCGUGUAUCAGUGCAACAGCUCCAACGAGCACGGCUACCUGCUGGCCAACGCCUUCGUCAGCGUGCUAGACGUGCCGCCUCGGAUGCUGUCGCCCCGGAACCAGCUCAUCAGGGUGAUCCUGUACAACCGGACCCGGCUGGACUGCCCGUUCUUUGGGUCUCCCAUCCCCACGCUCCGAUGGUUUAAGAAUGGACAAGGAAGCAACCUGGACGGUGGCAACUACCACGUCUAUGAGAACGGCAGUCUGGAGAUCAAGAUGAUCCGAAAAGAGGACCAGGGCAUCUACACCUGUGUUGCCACCAACAUCCUGGGCAAAGCAGAGAACCAGGUCCGCCUUGAGGUCAAAGACCCCACGAGGAUCUACCGGAUGCCCGAGGACCAGGUCGCCAAGAGGGGCAGCACGGCGCAGCUGGAGUGCCGCGUGAAGCACGACCCCUCCCUGAAGCUCACAGUCUCCUGGCUGAAGGAUGAUGAGCCGCUCUACAUCAGCAACAGAAUGAAGAAGGAGGAGGACUCCCUGACCAUCUUCGGCGUGGCCGAGCGGGACCAGGGCAGCUACACGUGCGUAGCCAGCACUGAGCUGGACCAAGACCUGGCGAAAGCCUACCUGACCGUGCUAGCUGAUCAGGCCACUCCAACUAACCGUUUGGCUGCCCUUCCCAAAGGACGACCGGACCGACCCCGGGACCUGGAGCUCACUGACCUGGCCGAGAGAAGCGUGAGGCUGACCUGGAUCCCAGGGGACGACAACAACAGCCCCAUCACAGACUACGUCGUCCAGUUUGAAGAAGACCAGUUCCAGCCAGGGGUCUGGCAUGACCAUUCCAGGUUCCCAGGCAGUGUCAACUCAGCUGUGCUCCGGCUAUCGCCCUACGUCAACUACCAGUUCCGGGUCAUCGCCAUCAAUGAGGUGGGCAGCAGCCACCCCAGCCUCCCAUCUGAGCGCUACCGAACCAGCGGAGCACCCCCUGAGUCCAACCCCUCUGAUGUGAAGGGAGAAGGGACCAGGAAGAACAACAUGGAGAUCACGUGGACGCCCAUGAAUGCCACUUCCGCCUUCGGCCCCAACCUGCGCUACAUUGUCAAGUGGCGGCGGAGAGAGGCCCGCGAGGCCUGGAACAACGUCACCGUGUGGGGCUCCCGCUACGUGGUAGGGCAGACCCCCGUCUAUGUGCCCUACGAGAUCCGAGUCCAGGCUGAAAAUGACUUUGGGAAGGGCCCUGAGCCAGACACCGUCAUCGGUUACUCUGGAGAAGAUUAUCCCAGGGCUGCACCCACAGAUGUUAAAAUCCGAGUCCUGAACAGCACCGCCAUCAGCCUUCAGUGGAACCGCGUCUACUCCGACACGGUCCAGGGCCAGCUCAGAGAAUAUCGAGCCUACUACUGGAGGGAGAGCAGCUUGCUGAAGAACCUGUGGGUGUCUCAGAAGAGGCAGCAAGCCGGCUUCCCCGGCGACCGCCUGCGUGGUGUGGUGUCCCGCCUCUUCCCCUACAGCAACUACAAGCUGGAGAUGGUUGUGGUCAAUGGGCGAGGCGAUGGGCCUCGCAGUGAAACCAAGGAGUUCACCACCCCGGAAGGAGUACCCAGUGCCCCCAGGCGUUUCCGAGUCCGGCAGCCCAACCUGGAGACAAUCAACCUGGAAUGGGAUCAUCCAGAACACCCCAAUGGGAUCCUGAUUGGAUAUACUCUGAAAUACGUGGCCUUUAAUGGAACCAAAGUAGGAAAGCAGAUAGUGGAAAACUUCUCUCCCAAUCAGACCAAGUUCACGGUGCAGAGAGCAGACCCCGUGUCGCGCUACCGCUUUUCCCUCAGUGCCAGGACGCAGGUGGGCUCGGGGGAAGCAGUCACCGAGGAGUCGCCAGCACCCCCGAAUGAAGCCACACCAACCGCAGCGCCUCCCACGUCGCCCCCGACCACGGUGGGCGCGCCCGGCACGGUGAGCAGUACUGAUGCCACUGCCGCCACCGCCGAAGCCACAGCAGUCCCCACCGUCCCACCCGUCUCUCCUACCACCACCGCCGCCACCGAAGCCACAGCCACUGCCGCCGCCACCGCCGCCGCCACCACCACCACCACCACCACGGAGAGUCCCGCCACCACCAGGACUGAGAUCCGGGAAUCCGCCCCCGACGAGCAGUCCAUCUGGAACGUCACUGUGGUCCCCAACAGUAAAUGGGCCAACAUCACCUGGAAGCACAGUUUCGGGCCGGGAACUGACUUUGUGGUUGAGUACAUCGACAGCAAUCAUACGAAAAAAACUGUCCCUGUUAAGGCCCAGGCUCAGCCCGUACAGCUGACAGACCUCUAUCCCGGGAUGACAUACACGUUGCGCGUUUAUUCCCGGGACAACGAGGGCAUCAGCAGUGCCGUCAUCACCUUUAUGACCAGUGCAGCCUACACCAACAACCAGGCGGACAUUGCCACCCAGGGCUGGUUCAUCGGGCUCAUGUGUGCCAUCGCCCUGCUGGUGCUGAUCCUGCUCAUCGUCUGUUUCAUCAAGAGGAGUCGCGGCGGCAAAUACCCUGUGCGAGAAAAGAAGGAUGUGCCCCUUGGCCCUGAAGACCCCAAAGAAGAGGAUGGCUCCUUUGAUUACAGUGACGAGGACAACAAGCCCCUGCAGGGCAGCCAGACGUCCCUGGACGGCACCAUCAAGCAGCAGGAAAGCGACGACAGCCUGGUGGACUAUGGCGAGGGCGGCGAGGGCCAGUUCAACGAAGACGGCUCCUUCAUCGGCCAGUACACUGUCAAGAAGGACAAGGAGGAGACGGAAGGCAACGAGAGCUCGGAGGCCACGUCUCCGGUCAACGCCAUCUAUUCUCUGGCCUAACGGAGCCUUGCAGGCACGACCGCUACUCUGCAAGCAGGAGGGGAGAGGGGAGAGAGCCGCUGCAGACCUGCCCCAGAGCCGCCACCACCUUCAGGGACGGAGGACAGCAUGAGAGGCUGCCGAGCUGUGAGGGCCGGUGACUGCCCAGCCGGCCGCAAGCCCCCUCCCGGUGACCCCCCGGUGCCCACCGUGGGCAAGCUGCUGCUGCAGCUCAGCUCUGCCGGAGGGAGCCCCGGUCUCUCGCUCAGCCCCGCGGUCACCCCAGGCCUCCGCCCACUGCCCGCCCCGACCUCCACACACACUCACCAGGUUUCCGCUGGUUACAGUCGUCCUCGUUGUCUCUGUUUUUGCUGUGAGUCUUACCCCUCCAGACCCAAUAUGUCCAUUUUCUUUUCCUUUUGAAAAAAUGUCCCUGAAAAAAGAAAGGAUAGGCGGAUUCUCCCCCAGGAAACUGCAAAGAUAAGCAAAAAGGAUUGAUCUUUAAGCGAACGUACAGAAGAGCUGUAGUAUUCAAACCGCUGCUGGGCCCAUGUAUUUCCCAAGGAUGCCUUUCUCUUCACACGCCUCCCCCGGCCCCCAACCCCUCCGCCUCAACCUUGUCAGCUGCUGAGCUGGGCUUGGCGCCUUUCUGGGAAAUGACAGUAUUUUUCGCAGGGAGGGAGAGGGGGGUCAGGCCUCCUCGCCUGGCUCUGGUUCAGCUCUGGGGGUGGGCUUACCUCUUGCUCCUCACUCUCACCCUGCCCCUUGCUCUGGAGCGUCCGAGACAAAAGCUGUGCUGACUGAAGGCCUCUGAGGAACAGGAGUGGGCACCAAGGCGAAGGACUUCGGCUCCGGUGACCAUGUACCUCAAGCAGAAGGAAGCCAGGCGUCUGGUCCCUGGGGAGCUGUGCCCACCUCGAGAGAGAAGGGAAGGGCUGGGUUUGGACUGCCUUCCUCCUCAUCAGUGAGACUCAGGCUGUGGGGCAGAGGACCAUGCCCCCCGCAUCCAGGGUGGGGGCUGCCCCCAGGAGACGGACCCCACGAUGCAAAGACUGUGCUGGUGUGCCUGGGGGUGGAUCUGCACUCCCCUUGCCUGUCUGGCAGGUAGCCUCUCCUCGGUCGGCUCUGUGUGACGGUGAAUCUGGUGUUUUAUGGUGUGUGCAUGGGGAGCAGCUACCCCCAGGACUGAGCCUGCGUGUCCAUUCCUUAGGGUGUUCACGAUCAGGAGCCCCCGCAGGACCGCGGGACCUGGUGCUGCAGAGCUGGGCCUGGCAGGGCUCUCCGUAUGCCUUACGCAGCUCUGACCUGUCCCUACAGUCCCCAGCUCCGCAGCCCCUCCCUGCAAGCCUUGAAGCCUCCAGUGACACCUGUCUCGAGAGCAGGGUGGCCUAUGCAGGCGUCCCAGCAGAGCCCGAAGCAGCCACUCAAAACGUGCCCCAGAUGGAGACACUCGAAGACCUGCGGUUCUCAGAGACCCAGGGCUCUGCCUUCAUCCUCCCCACCUAUUCCAUUUUGAAACCAAAGGUACCUAGCCUCAGAGAGAGAGAUCUUGAGCCUAAGGAUAGCCCUUCGGCUGUUGCUGCAGCUAGAGUUGCUUUUAGGAGAGUGGAGCUGACCCCCAGAGUGGACCGCCUGCCACAGACACAGCCUCCGCCGGGAGCCUCCAGCUGCUUGCCAGGGCACCUGGGCAGGAGCAGCACUGUGUUCUUCAGAGACCUUAUUUAAACCUCGUUUGCCACAUGUUUAAGCCACAAAGUUAUUAGCAAUGCUUGAGUCACUUACUGGUCAGUUGAAGGUCAAGCCCCUAGACACGUGUAUUCUGCAGAUAAGAAAAGGUAGCCCUGAGCUGUGCCAGCUGUACUGUUUGAACCGAAGGGCAGGCAGCUCUCCACUGGCCCAGGCUGCGGGAGGUGUGCGGGCAGGAGGCCUGGGCGGGCUCUCGUUAGAGGGACAGGGUGACCGGCAGGGGCUGAGGAGCUAGCUCAGGGGCGCCUUCCCGGGCGUUCACCCCCCACAUGCCUGGAUGCCGCUGGGCAUUCCCAGAGCCUGGGCAGGGAAUGGCAGGGAGGUGUGCCUGUGAGCUGGAUUUCUGGGGAACACUCUGGAUGUGAGCAGAGCAGUCGUUACUCAGGCCUUCACUCCACAUCUCACUGCCCGCACUCACUGCGCGGGAGGCAAGCUCUGAGUGCAGGGUGGAUGGUGAGCUGUCCUCACACCAUCCCCCUGCCUCAGGAAAGCCCUUCACACGGCCGAUGAUGGGAAGGGGUUCUGCUCCCGGGGGCUUGGGGGGUGAUGACCCCUCAGCCUGUCUCCAUGUCCUGCCAGGCUUGCCCCCUUGGGUGUGAAGGCAGUGCCACCAGCCCCCUUGUGCACUGUUGUGCUGAGAGCCACAAACCACGUGACUGCCGCCCUCCUGGCAGGUGGGGCCCAGGUUGACCCCGAUCGAAGACGGCAGGGGCCCAGAGGGCUGUGUGGGCCCCAGGGUUAGGCCGAGGAGAGUGCAUCUUCUGUGGAGCCCGCACCAGAGCCCACCCAGCUCAGCUGGAGAGCAGCAUUGUCCAGCGCUCCCUGCCAAGCAGGGUGCUCAAGAGCCACCCCGAACAUACCCACCGCAAUGCCAGGAGAGCUCCACCACUGGUGCUUCGGCCUGCCUGGCCGGGGGCAGGGGAAGGGGUGGAAGUGUAGGCCGUUUCCAGCUCUGGAAAUCCCCAGCCUGAGCCCUCGUCCACCCACGGGGCUCAGCCAUGGCGCCUCCUGCUCUCAGCUGUCCGUCCGUCCCUCUGCGCCGCAGAUGCUUAGGAGCAGCUGGCCUGAGCCCUGGAGACCGCCGUGAUGGGCAGCCGCGGCCCCUGUCCUCAGCGCGAGGCCUUGUGACAGGCAGUGGUGACGGGAGCGCUCUGCAUGCUCGAGCCCCCGUGGCUGCAGGUUGAAGGGAGGGUCCUUGCGGGCACAGCUCGCUUACCCAGGCUGGGCCGGACGGGAGCGGUCCUCCUGGGCCGCUCUGUGCCGCGCUUGGGACAAGCUGCUUGACUGGUCUGUAUUUCGGUGCCUCUGUCUCCCCUAGUCAGUCCCUCCUCUGAAAACCUGUCCCCACAGAAGGGCAUGUGCCCAGCUAAAGGACCGGGUGCCAGUCUCUAGGGAGCACACGCCUGCAGGACCGGGGGCAGUGCCUGCUCCAUGGCCAGGGUCGUGGUGAACAGGCCCCUUUGCCCCUUGCCUUGCUUUUGAGGAAAUGGUUGAGCUUACGCUUGUCCCCUGGCCAUCGCCUUGGCCCCUUCCCAGCAAGUCCCGAGGCCUAGAGAAACGUUCACCUGUCCGAGAGGCUGCCGGGGUCAGGACUGCUCUCCCCAGGAGGAUAUCUGUGGCCUGGGCCCAGAGAGUACCCUCGUGGUUUCUCUGAACACAAUUAGCCUUAGAAGAGGGCUGGAAACAGAUCCGUGGAUGUCUGCGGCUUUUCCAGCCAAGGGAGGGCCUCCCCUGCUCACACUCAGCACCCGCACGGAGGUGCACAUGCAGCAGGCCAAGGCUCCGUCACCGGGUAGCGCUUUCAGGAGGAGCAGUACAGAGCGUGACCUUGUCUGGAAGAGGCUGAGUCCACUCGCAGACGCGGAGAUGAAGUGUGAAGGGCUGUGGGGAUGUGUGUUGGAAGUGUCGGGGCAGUGGUAGGAGGCUGCCCACGCCGGACACCGUCUGGGCAAUUCCUGUGGGCAAACCCAGGACAGAGUCUGAUCCAAAGGAAAGGGAGCUCUCCCUGGGAACAGCAUGGGCUGCAGCUCUCCAAGGCUCCUGGAGCCCUCUGCAGGGCCAGGGCCAAGUCACAGAGCAUCCCCAAAAGCCGUGUGACGAGAGCGGUGGGGGUUUCCCACCCUCCCCGUGGGGGUUUCCCACCCUCGUCUCGGUCUCUGCGCGGCUGCUCCGCUAAGGGCUGAAGAGCUCCUUCCUGGCCUCUGAGCCCUGGGGCGGGAGGGCAUCUCCGUGGGAGGACGCAGCACACACCCCGUCUGUGAUGCCUUGAUCACUCCGCCAGCAGCACAUACACCCCGGCCCGUGCCGUGAUUCAGUCCCUGGGAAAGAAAGCUCCCUGCAGAUCCUGUUUGAUCACUAGGUGGGGGGCUUAAGAGGUGCAUAGAGGGAGAUCCUUGAUUAAAAUAAAUCAGAGGCGUCAACAAAUAAAGCAAAGAGCUUGAAAUUACAGGAGGACCCUCAGUGGCCUUUGCAGAGCCCAACUCCUGGGCAGCCCCUCUUUAGGACAAGCAGGGGCAACCUGUGGGAGUUCACGCUGAACUAUGGCUGUGCGCAGCCUGCCCAGCUUACCCUCCCUCCACUACUGAGAACGGGUUCUGAGAGGGGACGGGGAAGGGAGGACAGCCAUCCAGGGAAGCCGCCAGACCCCACUACACGGCGUCUCAAGCCAAAACCAGGGCCCCAUGCUGGUCUAUUAGUAUUAAAUGGUGGUUUCAUCAUAAUAAGGAUGGCAGUGAAAUAGGUACAAAGGUGUCUAGCUUAAACAGGAUCAGAUUUCAGCAUGCAUGGGAACCACAGAGCUGAUCUGAUUGAAAUGACUCAUUGUACGGUAAAAUCCAGAGAGGGGAAGGGACUGUCUGCGGUCACACAGCUGGCGAAUCGAGGUGAGGUCCAGCCUUGAACUCGGGCCCUCUGACUCCUUGUCCAGUGUUCCUUCAUCUCAGCACAGCUGGAAACAGUGGUGUUCCCGCCUUGGACAUAGUGAUGUUACUUAAGAGCUGGCCCACAUUCUUUUCUGCUUCUCCCACAUGCCCUUAUACCUCCACAAAUGAAAUCACAGGAUUUUUCUGAGUCCCAGGUCAGUCAGUCUGCCAGCCCAUGGUGAACCGGUUGUGCUGUUCAGGAGAAGAGGGACCAGCUGAUUGGUGUUCGUCACCACGAAGCUCUCCCCUAGGGUGGCAUCUCUUGCCUCAUGAUGCAUCGGGCCCCCAGCAUACUGCGUCCCUGCGAGAGGGGCCUGGGGGGCUCUGUCCCCUCCACCCUGGCUGCAGGGCGCUGAGGGGAAGCAGGGCCGUGGAAGUUCUGCCCCUGGAUCCGCCGGGCUGGAGUGCAGCACGUGCAAAGACUUCAGUGAAGCAAUAAACACAAAACUCUGGGAGAAGAAAUCCAGAGUUUUGUGCACGUCUCUUGUUUCUCUUUCAAAGAGGAUGCAGGUCGGAUGACUGCCCUGCUCUCCUUUCUGACUCCCAGAUUCAGUGUCCUCAUCAGCUGUCCCCGCCCGGCUCCCAGCCUGUGCCAGCCUCGCGCCCUCCUGCUCUGAGCACCUGUCUGUCCUGCCCCUCCCUCCCCCACGCUGGGCCCCAGGGACCUCUGGCCCUGCAGCCUCCCCAGCACACACAUUUUCCAGUUUGUUCCAUUCAGCAGGGAAAUCUUUUCCAAAUGUCUCCAUCCCUUCCCACAUACCCACACACCCACAAGUUGGCCUGAUCUUUUUUUUCCCAUUGGUUAAAUAUUUUAACUCACCAAGGCACACCUUGUUUUAACCCCUCUCACAUCAUGUUCUUUCCUUUUUUCGAGUUAUUUUGCAUUAACCAACGUCAGUGACAGAUGCGUAUCUGAGGGUGUCAUACUCGACCUUCAGCAGGGAAGGCUUCUGGGCCGUAGAGGACCAUCUAAUAUGUGGACUUAUAAACUGACUGCAUGAGCAAUGGAAAGGCCAAAUUAUUCAGAAUUUUUUUUUGAAUCACUGUAAAAAAAAACUGAUUUCUUUUGUAUAGAGAACACUAAACGUAUAAUAAAAGUCGUUCACAAUGGA